AUGUCUACUCAACCUCGUGACUAUCUGACUCGCAACUAUCUGACCGGACUUCCCACCGAAGUCUUGGUGCAUAUUCUCUCCUACUUCUCGAUAUCCGUUUUCCUCGAACUCAACCAAAUUCACCCCAUCGUUCGUGAUGUCUUCAAGAGCAACGCAGCUCAGAUCAGUAACCUGGCCAUUGAAAAUGAGCAAGAGCUCAAGAGCCGUGCGGACUCAUGGGAGUGCAAACUACCAAGAUCAAUAAGUGGCUUGUCCCGGAGGGAAUCCCCAUCUUCAAGGAUUCCCCAUCUUCGCCAACCAUCGCCUGGCCCGAAGAAUUCUUACCAAGAAGAACGUAUUGAAGAGACUGGGUGUUCCGAGGGAACUCGAGGAGGGCGAGACCCCUAUAAAGUAUAA